UCGUCGUCGAGAGAGCGAUAGUAAAACCCUACGAGGACGCCUCCCGAUUUCAAACCGAAACAACGCUUUAUUACACAGAAAAACCCAAACUUCUUCUUCCCACGAACAGAGAUGACGCAGAAAGGAAAUCUUUUCAAAGGUCAACAGAAGAAGAAGACGAUACCUCCAAAUCGCCACGGAAAAAUCCCUCAGACUCGUAAAGGGAAGAAAGUGGUGAAGCCGUCGAAGAUGACCAAAGAUAUAGACACUGAUCGAGAGCUGACCAAGUUCAUAAACCAUUGUAAUGAGAUAAAAGCAGCCACAGUGGCUACCAAGGAUGGCGACCAACUAAGUAUUGUUAGGGCUGACUCGGCGAAGCUCUGUUUGUUCUGCGACCAGCAUGUGCACUCCGCGAACCUGCUUUCGCGGAAGCACUUGUGGUCUCAGAUCUGCGAUAACUGCAUUCUGAGCCGGUUGCGGUUCGCGCAUGAGUGGACUCCGGUUGAGGGGUUCUCUGGAUGUCCUUCGGUUCUGGAGCUGGCGUCUGCCUGGGGGCUUGAUGAUAGGACUUCCUUGGAUGGAUCUGGGUUUGAUAGAGGAAGACCCAGAUCUGGGUUUGAUAGAGGAAGACCCAGAUUUGGGUUUGCAGUAGUGAAAAGGAAAGGACUUCCAGUGACGAAGAAGAAGGCACAAGCUCUGGGACUUCCAGCGAUGAAGAAGAAGGCACGAGCUUUGGUACAAGAUUCGGAGUUUGCAGAGUAUAAUUUAAGGACUUCCUCCUUGAUUCGGGCGUUGCAAACAGAUCUGGGUUUAUCGAGCGUCCACUCCAGAUCUGGGUUUGCAGAAGGAAGGGAAAGGAAAGGUACCUCCACCAGAACCAUCAAAAACUGCCAAGGAAGAGUGAUGAUGCUGCAGAAAGAUUGAUGCUUAGAGAUGAAUUGUUAGGAAAAGUAGCAGCUUCUGGGACAAGGAUCAUUUCAUUUGUGUUGUUAUAUCUAUCUAUACCUUACUGUUCAUUUCUGAUUCUUUGUUUUCUGGCUUCACUCAUGAGUAUCUGUGUAUUGUGAUACUCAACAAUUUUGAACUGGGAAGAUUGACGAAUGAAUAGUAACUUUACCC